AUGACGGAUUUCAUUGAACCCAUUCAAAUCACUGAUUAUCCAUUGAGCAUUGAUAAUCUCUUGGUCAAUCAGCAAGCAUCUCGUCUAGCAUUUAGCUGUCAAGUCUAUGCUAAUCUAUCAAUUCAAGAAACAGCAGCUCGACAGGCCACAGUCAAGGCUAGUGGUCAGCUCGUAUAUAAAUUUGAUAAGCUAUUCAUUCGUCAUUGGGAUGAAUACAUGACUGGACUACGUCACCAUCCAUUUGUUGUUUCUAUUGCACGAGAUGCCAAAGGAACGUUUCAAUUUGUAUCCACACCAACAGAUGUUCUCUUUGGUGUUGAUAGUGAUUCACCGACACGCCCGUUUGGUGAUGGCAAAAGUCAAUGGUCGUUCAGUGCCAGUGGCAAUUCAUUUGCUUUUACUCGACAACAUGAUGAAACAAAAUUGGGCGAAAACGCAUAUCAUGUGAUUUAUAAACUUCGCAAUGUACAGUCUCCUGAUGCAGAACUUUCCGUUGUGGUGGGCUUUGUAUCAUCACACGAUGUAAAUCCUCAUCCAGAGAACGAUGAAAUGUUUCUAUAUACUAGUCAAACUCUUACUGAACCGCUCAAUAUCUGGUUACAAGAAUUUUCCACAGUUGAUCGACCAAUCACCGAACAUAACAAAAACCUACUCGAUAGGAUGCAUAGGAGCAAUGCAGAGAGUUUUACGUUUAUGGGCGCCAAGAAUGAGAAAGUGUGGGGUUGGCAUGUACCACCGACAAAUGGCACCACUCAAAAAGCACCUCUGGCAUUUCUUAUUCACGGUGGUCCACAGAAUAGUUGGUACAAAACAUGGAGCUUUGGAUGGAAUUUUCAAGUGUUUGCUGCGCAAGGUUACGCAGUGAUUGCCAUCAAUUUUCAUGGAUCGGAUUCGUACGGACAAAACUUUACCGAUAGUAUCACCGGUCAAUAUGGUACACUACCCUAUGAGGAUCUUCAGUUGGGGCUCACCGCUGCUCUAGAAAUGUACGAAUAUAUUGAUGGUAAUCGAGCAGUAGCAUUGGGUGCUAGUUAUGGUGGUUUUAUGAUUAAUUGGAUCGCUGGACAUCCAGAGAUGAGUCAGCGUUUUAGAACACUUGUAUGUCAUGAUGGUCUCUUUGAUAUGAGAGCAAUGGCUUAUUCGACUGAAGAAUUGUGGUUCAGUGAACAUGAUGCAGGUGGUUUUACUCCAUAUGAAAAUCCUGAAGCUUUUGAAAAAUUCAAUCCAGUCAAUCAUGUUGCGAAUUGGACUAAACCAAUGCUAAUUAUUCAUGGUGGUCGUGAUUAUCGAGUGCCAGAUACACAAGGUAUAGGUGCAUUUACAGCUUUGCAACGGCAUGGUAUUCCAAGUCGAUUGCUCUAUUUGCCAAAUGAAAAUCAUUGGACACUGAAUCCUCUUAAUUCGGUGGUUUGGUAUGAAGAAGUGUUGGACUGGAUGCGUCGAUGGACAAAAUAG